AUCCCUCCGUUGCCACACCUGCCUGUGUAAAGUGAAGUGAUUUUUCUGUACGCGAUACUACAAGAACUGUACUGUCUGUAUAAAAUGUCUUACCCUGGGUAUCCUGGAGCACCUGCUGGAUACGGUGGAGGAUAUGGUGGUGCCCCUGGAGCCCCUGGUUAUGCAGGAUUCCCUGGUCAAGCACAGGAUCCUCUGUAUCCUUAUUUUUCUGCAGUGGCAGGACAGGAUGGUCAAAUAGAUGCUGAUGAGCUCCAAAGAUGCCUUACCCAGUCAAACAUUUCUGGAAGCUACAAACCAUUCAACAUUGAGACUUGCAGGCUGAUGAUCAGCAUGCUGGAUAGGGAUUGCUCUUGUAAAAUGGGUUUCAAUGAAUUCAAGGAGUUAUGGGCUGUUUUAAGUGCCUGGAAACAGCACUUCAUGACUAUGGACAAGGAUAGGAGUGGCACAGUAGAUCCUGAAGAAAUGAGGCAGUCGAUCGCUAGCAUGGGCUACUCUAUAAAUCCCAAUGCUCUGGUUGUAAUCCUAAAGCGAUUUAGCACCCACGGGUUGAUUGCUUUUGAUGACUAUGUGGCUUGUUGUAUCAAGCUUAGGACCCUGACUGAUGCUUUUAGAAGAAGGGAUCAGAGUCAGCGGGGUGUAGCCAGCUUUGCAUACGAUGAUUUUAUCCAGUGUAUAAUGAGUAUCUGAGCAAUUCGAAGACAUCAAUGACAUUCUGUUUUUUUUACAUUCCAUGUUUAUACAGGCAACGUUAUUACUUUAUACCGUGUAACAGGUGUGCAUGAAAUUUACAUUUUGUGUUUUUUCUAAUGAUUAAUGUAUUUUUUUCUUACAUA